AUUGUGUUUCCAACUGUCGUCAAACCGCAAUGUAAUUUAAGUGUUAUUAUAUAAACAAGCGCAAAUUGUAGUAACAAAUGAUUGGUAAAUUAAGAUUUUCCACUUCACGUGAUGAAAAUUUAAAAAUUAUUCUCGAGUCACUCACAACUUGAAAUGAAUCACAAAUUAUUAUCUAAUCUUGUUGUAUAUACUAUCUGAUCGUAUAACCUAAAAGUACAUAUUUGUGUAGUGUUCGCAUAGCCUUUGUGUUGGAACUUUAGUGAAGUAUGUAAAUUACAUGUACGCGAUAUGGCGAUACGCACCGUAUUUAUAAUGAAAAGUGUUACCUGUGCCAUUUUAUUUGAUUACAACGUCGUAAAACCCAACAAAGCAUCGUAAAGAACGUAAGAAUUGCAUACAACUGGCACGUGCGUGUUUUGGAGGGAACUUUUUAUCGUUUUAUAACCAAAAAACAUAACAAUCGUUAAAAACAAAUUUAAAAACCAUGGCAUCCAGCCAAGGGGCACCCGUUGGAAGUCAUGGGAAUAACGACCAAAUCGUACAACUGCUCACAGACAGAUUCGCGGGACAACUGGACGUCGAAAUCAUCGAGUCAGUCCUAGAUGAAUGCAAUUAUGACUUUGAAGUAUCAAGUAGGAACUUGGCAGAUAUGUUGGGGAUCACAUCCGAGGCAAAUCCACCACAAAAUUCUACACAAAAUACCCAAACAACUACAGAAUCUGACCUUUAUUUGCCUUUGGAAGAAUUCGCCAAGAAAGGAUACAAAACACUAAUCAUCUUGAGAGGAUUACCUGGCAGCGGCAAAUCAUACCUUGCCAAAGAACUGCUGCAUGAGAUAAUUGGACCAUGCAAUCCAAGGGAUUUCAUCUUCAGUGCUGAUGAUUACUUUAUGCAAAAUGGAGUAUACAAAUAUAAUUCAUUUCAAGUGAAAGAUGCACAUGACUGGACUCAGAAAAGAGUCUACACUGCCAUAGGGAGAGGAAUAAGUCCCAUUUUUAUUGAUAACACAAACACACAAAGCUGGGAAAUGAAACCCUAUGUGAUCUGGGCUGUGCAAAACGGAUAUAAAAUUUAUAUCCGCGAACCCAACACAAGUUGGAAGUUUAAGCUUGGAGAAUUAGCCAGGAGGAAUAAACACAAAGUGCCUAAAGACAAAAUUAUGGAUAUGUUGGAUAGAUUUAAUCAAUUUAUCACUGUUGAGGGAUUAAUGCAAGAGUUUGGCUUGUUUUAUGGACAAUUACAACCUCCUAUAAUUAGAAAUUUACCUCCAGUGAGAAGGGAAACAGUUGAAACAAGCGCCAGGGCAAAUUGUUUGAGUUCUGCACUUGGUAGAAUGGCAGUUGUUAAGAAAGAUGCAACCACUACAACUGCAACAAGUACAAAUAAUACUAAUUCAGACAGGGAGAUAACUUCAACUGGGAAUUUUAUUAACAAUGGACAAUUACCGCCUGUGUAUCCACGUGAGGGUUGUUUUGAUAAAGGAAGCUCAACUGAUGAUGAAAAUGACGUAAUGCAAGAGUUAAGUGCUCAUGAAAUCAAAGAGCAAGCUAUUGAUAUCCUACAAGGAAUGUUUGAAUCAAUUCCACGUGAUGCUUUGGAAGAAGUUUUGUUUAAAUGUAAAGGAGAUGUUGAAUGGUGUAUCAACAUAUUGCUAGAAGAUCCCAAAGAGUUGCUGGAGAAUUAUCAACCUCCGAAAAAGGCAGCCAAAAUUGUAAUUACACCAAUAGAAGCAGAAAAACCUGAGAUUGAAGAAUUGCAAGAUGAAGCGGCUGGAAUCACCAAGAAAUUAAUGUUUGAAGAGGCUAAAAAUACAAUCGAGAGUGGUAUCACAAUCAAUCCGGAACAUUACGGACCAAAUGUUUCAAAACUUAAAGGAUUGACAUUAACAACACCUGUAACACCUAAUCCUGGACCUGGACCCAGUCGUCAAAUUGAAGAUGAUUUUGUUAUGUUAGAUUCCGAUUAUUAUGAUGAUCAAAGCACAAUUUCCGAGGAUUCUGAAGCUCAUAGCUCCGAAGGUCAACAGGAUGAUGAUAUGGUUGAAUUGAACCUCGGGCCGGUUUUAGUUGAUCAGUUGAAUCAGUUAUUCGGUGAUCCGGAGUUUCCUCUGCCAGGGUUUUACUCUCCGGUUAUUGAGAUCUCACGUAAACAAGCAAAGCAAUUGCAUGCGCUUUACUAUGAAAGUGUCUUGAAACAAAUGGAGGUUCAGCAGGUGAUGUUGCUGCAAAUGCAGCAGGAAGAUGAAGAGAUGCAGAUGAAACUGCAAAUGGAAGAGAUUCGUAAGAUGGAAGAACACAAUCCGCCGAGUUUGAAGCAGAUUAUGAAGGAUCAAGCUGAGGAACAGCGUAAUCAGAAAGUAGCGGAGAGUCAAUGGCGGAAUCUGACACCAAUUGAUAUGGCGUAUAAGUUAACAAUGCAGAAACUCGCUGCGAGUUUCCCAAAAGUGUCUGCGGAUUUCUUAGAGGAGAUUUACCGAGGUUGUGAGGGUAAUUACGAGGAAACAGUGAGUGCGUUGCAAGAUUCCGGUGCGGAAUAUGUUGAAAAUCUUAAGAAAACUCUCUCGGCUGGUACUUUACAAGAAAUGCAAGUUGCACAUGAUGCUUCCAAGGAUGCCCAAGCAAGAGAUCAGGAAGGUUUUGAUGAUAGGGAGUUGACAAGUGUGCAGUUACGCCAAGAGGCAGCAAAUCAUCAAAAGCAACGGGUUGAUUUACUCAACAAAGCGAAAUCUUAUUAUAAUAAAGGCAUGUCUGAAGUUGCUACAUUUUAUUCGGACUUAGCAAGUCAACAGACAAGGAUGUGGGAGAAGUAUAACAGUAUGGCGGCUGUACAAAUAGUCAAUGAAGGGUUUCAUCGCAGUGAUAAAGCCGAUACGAUUGAUUUACACUUUUUGCGUGUAACAGAAGCACUGAUUGCGCUUGACAUUUAUAUCGAUGAAGUUAUCGAUCGGUUGCAAUCAUCUAAGAAGAACCAUAAGGAUAUUUUUGUUAUCACUGGCAGGGGCAAAAACAGCCCUAGAGGUAUACCGAGAAUUCGUCCCGGUGUUGAGCAGAGACUUAAGAAAAGGAACUUGAAGUACACUCGCGUGAACGACGGACUUUUAAAGGUAAAAGUCAACAAAAACGCGCUUGUGACUGCACAAUUAAUGGUGCAGUCGUAGAGAGAGCCAUAUGAAUCAAACUAUACACUUUUUUGUGAUAUUUAAUCACAUUUUAUCCAUAUAUAGAUGUUUUACAAAGCACAAAGUAUAUUAAGAGAGAUUUGAUUGAUGUUUGUUAGACUAUGGUAUUAUAUUUUAUAUCAAAUGACUGUAGCGUUUAAAGAUAUACGUUAAGAUAUGUUUUAUAUGCGAUUUAUUUACUUAUAUUCAUAUAUUUUUUAUAAUAAAAGUUACUUACUUGAA